ACGUUUCUCGAUCCACUCCAAACUUUCCACCUGGUUUCCCGUCUGGAUCUCCACCGCGGAAUCUGUCGUCCACUGCCGACGCAGUGGAUGUCGUGCACGGCCGUGGUUCUCGUGGCGGUGGAAUCACGCGGCGAGGGAUCCACCUGGGACCUUCGUGCGCCGUUUUCUAACCAAGCAGCGGCUCUUCGAACACGUCACCCUCGCAUAUGGAGACACGUCCGGCAGCCGCCCGGCGACUUUUCAUAUCCUUCGACCGUGAAUUUCCCUGGACAACGAUCGCCGCGAACGAGCUCCGGACACGCAGCAGGGUCGCGGCUUUUGCACGCGGCUCAAUGUUGCGGGAAAAAAUUAUUAGAAAAUGAUAGAAAAAAAAAGUGUAGGGUCAAAUGACAGACGAAGAGUGCCCGGAGGAAAAGAAAUUUAGACAAAGGAUGGAGCGACUCGCGGCUGAUCCGGCUGAAGUUCGCCGAUCCCCGAUCAGGCUAUCGAUCGAUCCUCGAGGCGAGACCUCGUUCACAGCGGUGGCACGAUGCGCUUCCAACAGCGAUCGUACGUACGGCCAUCGAGAAAUAACGAAUCGAUCGACCAUGAUGUGCCGCGGCUCCAAAGAAAAUUUGUCGCCCGUCGAAACUCAAACCGUUCUAGAGUAAAGCGUUAUCGGACUUCGUUUCGCGCUUCGGCUGCAGCCGAGUUUUUGUUCGAGCACUGUGCCCUUGUCUUUUCAGGUGAUGCUAUGAUGCAGCACUGUUUGACCAGUUGGUCUCUUUUAGAGCGAGCAGAUGCCUCUUUUGAUAGCAUCAUUUCCUUGUAAUUUUAACGUCACUUUCACAUCUCCACUUUGGUUGGUGUGAAUUUUCAGACGUAUUUGGUUUUAACGCUAACUUCAAGUAUGUUCAAAAAUGUGCUGCGAGUAACUUUAGGAUUAGUUGUCGUACUCGACUAAUAUCGUUUCGUUAUUCAAUGGACACUCAGUUAGAGAGCAGAUCAUCGAAUAUAACUACGUACGUAUAUAAUCAAACCACGUUAGCGAAAACUAAGCAAAGUUUCCCUCGCUUGAACGUUUCUGAUUUUAACAAAUCAAUAUUCUACGCGAUUCGCAAUUUUCCAUUGGAUAUUUUAUAAGAAACAAAAAUAUUUGUCUUUACCAAAGGAACGAAGUAGUAACCGAAUAUUUGCGUUAUAAGACAGAUUUUUAUUCAUCGGUCUGCGAACCUUUCGUUUCCAUCACGUUACACCACAAAACAUGAUACGCUACACUAAAAUCGACACCAGUAAAAAGUGCAAAAAGGAACACGAUAUAGAUCGACGCAAUUCUAUACCCACAAAUUAUUAGCGAGCGGCAUAAGAACAUAUUACUUUACGGUUUCGAUACAAUGUCCUUUUCGUCCAUUUUUUUCCUUCCCUCGGUUGAACGAGUAUUGCCUUGUCGCUUGUCGAAGGCACGGUAAAACUUCGAUACACCCUGCUGCACACGGAAAACGAUCCCCUUGGCUAGGGUCAACCUCCAGUCGGCUAUAGUCUUUUCGCUCCUUUCUAAACUCUGGUGCGCUCCCGUGACGUCACUGGAUCGUGUCAGUAGGUCAGAACCUGGAUACGUCGUCCGUGUGCGCUGCUGUUUGUUCAAUGUACUGGGUGCUCGCAAAUUGCAUUACCUGACUGAAACUUUGCCAGAUUGUAUACAACUGUUCGACGCGUUACUUUUCUCGCGUUGUUUCCGUGUCGAUAGCGAGUCAAGAAAUUACCGAAAUACAGAGACUGCUUAGAAACUUUGGGUUUAUUUGAAGAAUGUCUGGAAAACAAAUUCUUCUUCGCAGUAAGAGAAAUUAUUAUUACAAUUAACAGAGAUCGUACCUAGGAAAUUGUAACUGCUGUAUAGCUGUAUAUAGUUAUGCGUUGUACCUAUCGAAGAAAUAAUAUUUCUCGCAUGACGUUGAAAAAAAAGCAGCACAGCAUUGAGAAUUAAAAAUUUGUUAUUAAAUAUUUAUAUGAACAACGAGUAUCUGUAAUGUUAUGCUCGUUACAAAGAAGAAUAUUUUACAUAUACCGAAGGGAAGGAAGAUAAAUAUUUUCUUCAAAGGAGUUCUUUACACGUUACGGACUUAUAUUCUUCUUCGACGUUGAUUUAGCUAUUGUAAGCGGAACAGUAGUUCAACGAAACAAUCGAGAAGUUUAAAUUCGAGAGUGAACAGAAUUUCUGCGGAGAAUUGGCAGCGCAACGAAGCAGCUUGUAUGAUGGUAGACGUCGCGACGCUCGAUUCAGUGAAAUUUCACCCGAAGCAUCGUUGCAAUGGAAACAUUGUCCUUGUAUCAUUCGAUUAUCCGAGAAGUGAUACAAAGUGAAUGCAACUGUAACGAAAAGAACACAUAAAAUAAUAUUUUACAUGCUACGCAACAGAUAAGACUCAUAGUGCAUUUGUACUUGCUUCUAUUUUUCCUUACAAGGAUUAUCGUUUAAAAAUCCUAUUACAUAAUUGUAUAUGGUUUAAGUUGUGACUCGAGGUAACGAUUGUCAACCCUUCGUCUUCGCUCUCUACAAUCGAUUGUAUCAUAUACCGAUUGGAAAUCUUUAAUCGACAACCCUAUCAUUGUUCAUUGUAUCGACGUUCAUUUAUGUUUAACGUUUACAAAACCAGUUAUGUUGUGUCUCGCACAAGCAUGCAGUCGUGCAGACGCACAGACCGAACGUCUGAUGUGUCAGACUGAACGUGACAUGCAGAAUCAUAAGCAUGGUACGUAUCUUACAAAGGGACACACGUUUUUGAUAUCGCUCAACGCGUUACACACGUUAGUUUAUUUUUAGACGUAUCUACUGAAAGACGCCUGCGGGACAUAUUGCGUGUUUUCAUAUGCGCUCGAUCGUUAAAAUUGGCACGAGAUUAUCAAAUCGAGUACCGACAUAAAACGUGGGAGAAGCGUGAACGCUACUCACUCAAAAGCAGCCACGUCGACGCGUGUCGUUGAUGUAAUGCGCACGAAAAAUUAUAUUCGUCCGAUUAACCCCUUUUACGCGUCACCCUCGCCGAACGUAACGUUUUCUCCAAGAUAAAGGUUAAAGUUUAUCGAGUCUUUGCAACCUCGACAAUUUACCGCGGUCAUUAAUUUCUUCCGCAACGUUGGUCCCUUGUGCAAGACAAAUUUUUCUAUAGUCCGCGUACGUCGAUGUGUAUUCCGUGCGACCACGUUACCGCGCCUUUGAUCACCGUUUUUUUCCGUUGCGUUUUCUGCGAUAAAGUCGCCUGAAGAUCUCACGGAACAAGUUCCUCGGCUGACAACACAAAUUUCCACGAUAAUUCAACGUCCGUCGCGUUUCUCCAAAGUUGUAGCAGGCGAACGAGAUAAACAACAAAUCACGCAAAUUCUGUGAAUCGCUCGUAAAUUAUUCGAAAUCGCGCUGUACAUGCCGAGGUCGGUCGUAUCUUUAUGAAAUUAAUACCAAUAAAAGUGAAACCAAACGAAAGCUUGUCGAGAGUUUGUAACUAUUUCCGUGAAAUGAUUUCUAAGAUCGUUGCAGAGGAUUUGUAGAAUUGUUAAAAUGAAAUCUAAUUUACAUCGAAAGGGAUCAGAAUGUGCGUAUAACGUGUCGUACAUAAGUAUUGCAACAUUUGAAUUUUCUUGCGCAAUAAUUUAUCGACUAAUAAUAUCAAUGAACUAACAAAUUGCGAGUUUAUAAUUUUUCAAGUUCACAACGAACUGGAUAAUCAAACUUGAUCUCUAAUUUGUAACAUUUAUGUACAGUAUUUGUUUUAUUACCGGGCUUAUUUGCUAUCACGAAAGAGAAUUAGAGUCGAUAGUUCGUGAUUCGUAAUUUGUAAAAUUUCACUAAUAAUAUUAAUUCAUGUAUUUAUAGUCUAAGGUUUUAUAUGAAACAAUAUUCUCGAAAUAUUUUAAUAAUUUCCUAAUGAUUUACAGGUUUACGGUUUAUUUAAUCCUUUGUACUUGUAUAUGGUGUAUACGUAGUAGUGCGAUAAUAUUAAUUACCGUAAAAUGAAAAUUAUAUAUUUUCCAAAAUUAAGAUAUUACGAAAUAUUUAUCAAACAUUAAUCGCUAGCGGAUUCUGUCAUCAGCGUUUACCCUGGAUUGAAAAUAACAAGCCAACUUUGUGAUUGCUAUAUCGAAAACAGAAAUAUGCAUUUCGACAUGCAGAGAAUGUUGAUCAUUUUUCAUAUUCGUUGCGUACAUUCUCGCAAGAAUUUCAUUGUGUUCGGCUGGAGCGUGGAACCGGUCGGGCUGCCAAAAGAAAAUACGUGCAAACGAUGAUUAAUGGGCGAACAUUCGAUGACACGAUAACGAAACUUAUCGCUCGAUCUUCGCACGGACGAAAGAACAGUACGCAGAUCGAGAAGUUAAACUUUUGGCCUUACCACGCGUUCCUUUGAUAUCGUUGUAUGGUGCAGAUUUCAUACGUUUCUAAUACAGAUUUCGAAAGUGACGACGUUAUUACUUUAGAAAUUAAUAUGAUGUCUUUUACGAAAAGGCACGAGUACCGUUGAAUGACUGUAUUGCGUUUUUGAACGAAGUAUCAAUAUGUAAGAUCGUUUAAAUCACAUUUGCUUUUUGGGCCAUUUGUAAUAUAAACAAUGUUUGUCUCUGUGAACACGUUAGUGUACAAUUUUAGGUACUAUUCGGUUUCACUUUCUUGUUUUUAUUACCAGUGUGCGUAUUUUUAUUAUUGCUGAUCAUUAAGUGAACGAAAUUCUUAGAAAUUUCAGACAGGCCGAAUGAUUUCUACGAUAGACACAGAAUCGCAUAUUUCUUUGUACAACUGAGACUGAUUGAAAUCUAUUUUAUAAAUUAUGUAAAACGUUUAAUAUCAUUUGUAGCGUUUCUUGUUCACCAAAUAAAUCACGAAAUAUCUUGCAAUCCAUCUGCAAUAGUUUAAGGUGUCAACGUAGUGAUCAUUCAGAUAGAUAUCAGCAACGUUUUACCACAUCAAGACUUGCUAUCUAUCAUUUAGUCGCAAUUCUAUUUCAUCACUUUCAUUUUCCAGCGUAUAUAAUUCUUCUGAACAAUUUUAUUCGACAACCUAAAUACCCAAACACAUCGAAAACGUUUAUACUCGCCAAUUACUAAAUCAUCCAUCAUAGUGAAAGCAGUAAACUCGGUGCAGGACUCUCUUGCACAAUAAUUUACCAAUCAUCUUUGAAUUGAUACGAUUAGUAAAAUUUUACAGGUCGCGAGUCACAAGUUACCAAUGUGGAGAAAUUCUUUCCUAUAACGGUAACGCGUUCGUAACAAGACAAAGAUUUCUAAGUGAAUUUUAAAAGUCAUAGAAAUAUCUUGAUCGUUCUAUCCGCUGCAAAAUUGUAAAAUUAUGAAAAACUGUUUUUGCAAUAGGAUCGUAUAAUCUAUAAUCGUCACUUCUCAAUUCGCUAAUUCUGAAAUUAUUACACAAGAGGGUUCAGGUAGUCAAAUUCCGUCGGUUGCACCGCUGUCUCGAAAAUUCCUCUGGUAAUGCCACGGGACGAAACCUGCUCCCGCGAGAAGCCAACAGGCAUCGAUGAUUACAUCUUCCCAGGAAGUCGAUUUGCAUUGCAGAUCCAUGGAAAAGGGAGUUCGAGGGUACGAGCUACCGGUCGUAGAGGAUCGUCGUCGUCGCCGAAAUGGCGCAAUGAAGAUGGAUGAAAACGUUCGAGCGAAUGGAAAUGUCGCACGGUGGAAUAUUAUAAUGUCACACUGUGAUUUAUCGUCGGAUUUGCUGCCGUGUUUUGUGUCUCGUGCUCGUAAUGGCCAAUAACGCGACGAUGAUGCGCGCAAUUAUCUCGCUGUUGCCCGUACGCCGCUUCCGAAGACAAGUACCGGGAUAAGAACAAAAAGACGGACAGACCUCGCCGCGGUCGCAGCACCACUGACCUUGGUCUCGACCACGUCGAUCCGGUGCAGAAAUUGCGCCUGGAUCCCUUUCGCGUGUGCACUUUCGGAUCCGAAUUGCUCGACUAAAUUGCGCACCAGUUAUCGAUGCUUCAUACGCCGUCGGCGAAACCCCUUCAGGGAUAUGCAAGAAACGAAUUACACCGUGCGAGUUGAUUUUUUAUGUUAUUUUCGCGAUUGGUAGAAUUUUAGAAAGAAAGUUUCGAAGGUUAUUUUGACAUAGAGGUUUAAGAACCGAAUUGAUGUAUCAAAGCACUAAUAACCAGGCAAUAGAAUAAUACGUGAAACUGGGUAAGUGCAACGUUAUUAAGAUUAAAAGAUUUAAGUAAUAAAUAUUGUGUAAAGUUAGAGGGAGAGAGUUACACGAGUCAGAGGCACGAAAAGUUUUCACAGUGCUAAGAAGAUGGAAUAUUAUAGCGUUAGAAGUAUUUCAAUUUCUUCGAACUUCGUAAAAUUGUGCAAUUUAUAUCUUUCUGAGAUCGUACAACUUAUAUAUCUAUAUCUGCUUGGUACGAAGCUGCAAAUUAAAAAUAAAAAAAUUUUAUGAAAGGAACUCUCAUAAUAAUUCGCGUGAAGUUCGCGUAAAGUUGGUUAAAUACGAGAUUUUUCUUCGAGCUCUUAACAACGUUUAUCUCCCCUAAGCACAACUAUCCACGUAAGAAAUCACUCGAGACUCCUGAUAUCGUAACACUUUUAACCACUUUAUUUGACCUCUAGCCCCGCCAAUAAGGAUAAAACUCAGAGAGCAACUUAAACAAGAUUGACUUAAUAGGUUUACAAUUAAGAAAGUUCCAACUCGUCUGAAAACUUCUUGACCUAAUACUUCCAGGAACACAUUAUCUGUGAAACGAUAUUAAAAAGCCUCGUUCUAUCUUCCCGCUAAACCUAACCCCUCACACCAUAUCAAUCAACCCUAACAGCCUGAAACCUUAAAAAGAAAUUUCGUUAUCAAACAUCCAAUUAUUUUUCCUCUCUGUGGCUCCAAUCUUUCCUCCGAUCGUGAGAUAUCGUCGUGAGAUUCAACGAUAUUACGAGCUUCACACAUCACGUUGCAAUAUUUUUGGUCGUUCGUGAAAAGCUCGUACGUACACAGCUCGUUGUACACCAAUUUUCGACGAGCAACAUUCCGAUCGUUAUACGCGGUCAACGUUGCACCGACAUUGAACCAGUGCAAUGCUGCAAUGCAGGUGGACCAGCCGGUGCAGCUGGAAGAUGCGUAGGCAGUUGGAGGCUGGAGCCACUGUCUACCGCAAAUCUCUCGCGGCUCCCGCAGAUGUUAUCUUUACCGCAAGAUAUCCAACGAUUCUGUCUCCCUUUAUGCAUGAGCUAGCUCGCAAGAAAUCAUCUCGCUCGUAUGGAAUAGGAGGAGACGGAGACGAAGAAACGGGCUGGGCGGGGAGUCACAGGGACAACGAGGAUAUAGGGAGACCCAGUAGGGAUAGAAGAAAAGCAGAACGUCGUUUCACAACCCUUUGUUCCGUGGAUGCCGGAUGCCCGAGCGUUGGAUUAUUUUUCUCACGGUGAAUAAUUCAUCCUGACAAAUGGGACGGGUGCGCGCGACCCGUCGUGGCUCGUCGUUCUGCUCGUUUUUCUAAUCCGCUUUUUGUAACGUAUCAAUUCGAGUAUUACAUCGAAUGACCGAGGAUCGUGGCCACGAGGAGUCGCGUUAAAUUUCAACGCGCGCUAGUGCAGGAUCGUUAGAAAUGACUCUUUGAGAAUGGUUCUUUAACAGGUGGCGUGUUUGUAAUCUUCAGGGUGAUUGGACCCUUUUCGGUCGUAAUUUAAGUCCUGAUUAGAUUUUACCGGGAUCUUUUACAUUGCUUUUUGCGUUGAAAUGGUAGACGAUUCUUCGAUACUUGAAAGUUUACUUUUCUGGCAAGUUUUUGACAACUGAAAUCUUUUUACUCGUAUUAGUUUUUAGAUGGAGGAAAUUUUGUGCUCUUUUUACGUUGGAGUUUGUUUGCUAAAUUAUUUUCACGUAUUAAACUAGCACAAGGUUGCGUUUGUAUUAUUUAAGAGGAAUUCAAUUAUUCGACGAUUUAAUCUGGAAUCUUUUGAAAAUUUCUAGUAAAAAUACCGAAGAAAUAUUACACAUAUUUGCGAAUUACAUUUACAUUGAUCAGUAUAACAGCAGAAAAUUCCCUAAUAGACAGAAAUGAAAUUGAAUUCCGCAGUUUAACGUCAGAACCAAUUUCGCAAGGACGGCCAUGAAUCACGGCAGUUUCAAGCAGUUUGUCUCUAAUCUCCGAUUUCAAUUUCAUCGAGAGACAGGCGAAUGUACAAUACUGCGGGCUAAUUUAAAUCAAGUUCGCGGGAAAUGUUUGAUCAAUGAAAUAAAAGUUUGAUUGCGAUCAGGCAACGUUUGCAUCGAGAAAAAACGAUUUAACAAUCUUUUCUACUUAAUAAACUAUUUUCUGUCGAUAAUCCGUUGCUCUUUUCACAGAAACUUUAAUAACAGAGAUAUCGUAUCGCUUCGAAUGCGAAAACGAAAAAUGCUAAAGUUGUUGAAGUUGUUUUCAUCCAGAUCUUCCAAUUUUGGUAACGAUGAUUUCAUAUUUCUCUUUGUAAGAAUCUCAAUGUCAUAUCGUGAUAUUUUUGCAGUAUAAAUCAUCGUUUUAAUCUUCCAUAUAUUAUGGAAGUAAUGUAUGUAUGUAAUAUUCCCAAACGUGACUGUAUAAUUAAUUAAGAAAUUCCGUCGAUUAAAGAGAAAUAAACAGGUAUUUAUAAAUACAAAAUCGAAAAUUAAUUAAAAGAACUUCAACCGUAUUCAGUACUCGAUUUAAAAAAUACACGAUCUUGCAUACGUAUGGAGCUUUGCUCGCAAUUAAUUAAUACGUGCUUAAUUUUUGUCAUUUGAAGAAUCCACUCCCUAAACAAAAUAUUCCGGAUAAAUACGAAUAUGCUGUAUCACGAUCAGAAAAUAAUAUGUACGAUAUUAUUUUCAAUACUUGUCGUCUUAUUUUUGGUCGAAAAACGUACUUCCGAACAUUUCCUACGGAAAAUUAAAAAAUAACUUAAUUCUGCUCAUAAAUCUAAUAGCUAGAAAAAAUCGCAAAGAAGCACACAACACAAACUCAGAACCAAAAAAAAAGUUGCAAAACAUUUCCUUCUCCAACCAUACACAGGUACGCGGACGUAGAAGCAGGUAAAAGAGAUUAACAGGUAAGAGAUUGAAAGCUAGACAAUGGCCCAGCGUGCUCGACAUUAAAUCACUGGUAAUUACGAGCAGCGCCACGGGCAUUGUCUCCUAUGUGCGCCACAUUAUCAGGCAUCUAUUCAUUACGGCGGCGUAAUUGCGCGUGUAAACGCGACGCCGCCAACACACGCGUCCAUCUUAUUACUUUCAGUUCCUUUAUUAUCCAGAUACAAAAAUCGAUCGGGAUGACACACGUCGGUUGCACGAUGUCGCGGCCGGAUCGCUCGCUUUUCCUCGCACCCGUAAUUUUCUAGCGUACACGAGUUCGGUCGCGCUGCCAUGGUUCCACAGGAACGCGUGACUCACGACCUACAUUCGUCCCGCGUGACACCUUUUGCACGCACGCCUUUAACAUUUAUUGCUUGUAAAUAGAGAAACUCCUGGUCUCCGCGUUCUGCGGAUCUCGAAAUCGAUUCGCGACUCGGCAACGAUGCAAUAAACGCUCGCGAAACCCGAUCGUCCGAUUCUCUUUCCCUCUGCUUCGAUUUUUGCUUUUCGAGGAAAUUGGAGUUGGAGGAAAUUGUUGAUUUAUUGGACGGUUGAAAUAACAAGAUUGCGUAGAUGAGUUUCGAACCGACAAAGGUUUAGACACGAUAGCCUCGAUGCGGCGUCGAUUGCACGCGAUGUAGGAUUUCUACACGGGAAUAAGAAAGGUACACUAGCGUUUAAAAGUAUUUCAACGCUUAUACGUUUCUUUAAAAUUUAUCGUAAAUUUAUCACAAAUGUAUAGAUCGGAAAAUAAGAAACGUAUUAAAGAUACAAGUAUUACAAAUUCCUUUUUUUAAUUCCAACAAUUCUAUAUUUAAAAUUUCUUAAACGCGGCAUACAUACUUCAACUUUCAUAGUCACGCCAACAAUUUCUGAUAUUUUGUAAAUUACUAAGACCCGUCGUACUAUGCAACAAAGCACGAAGUAGACGUUCCAAGCGAGUCGUGCAAUCUUCAGCAACCCGAAAGCAACAGUGAAUUCUAACCACAUCCACGGAAAUAUCUUCGUAGCGCUUUCUCACCAUUAGCAAAUUCCUACCAUUCUACAUUCGCUACACCCUGUAUGUAAUAUGUAUAUUACAAUGAUCGUGGCAACGUAAAAAAUCCGAGGCAUGAAUCAACAAAGAGGAACGAGGAAAAAAUUCCAUCGCGACAAGCGUACCCUUCGAGUUUCGCAAUCGGUUCAGCCGGUCGUCCCAUCUAUCCCAAGGAACAAACAACGCGCACCAUUGUGUCUCUAUCCUACUGAGCGUUCUUGUCGAACGCGUGCAAGGAUAUGUAGGUGGUUAACUGAGCGGUUGGCGGUGUAUCAGGAGAGCAGACAGGUAGAAAGGGAGUGGAACAAAGCGGAACGAAGAAAGAGGUCUAAGCGAACAAACAAGAGAGGAAGGAGAGAUGGGUGCGAGAGAGGACGAGGGGCGGAACGUGGAAACGAAGAGAAAGAGAGAAAGAAAGAAGGAUGGUGGGGUUGGUACGAGCGACUCAAGCACGUGGAGCCUACUCCGUGUGUCUCGUUCAGUAGUGCUCUCGGUUGCCUUCGAACGAUUUCGCACCGGAUGUCCAUCGAGCUUGUUCGACGUAUCCAGCGCAGCACCUUCGGUCAAACGUAAAAAAAUCGAUCAAAAUCAUCGAGAAUGUGAUCCGUUCGUCGUGACUGUUACUUACACCAGACAUCGUCAACGUAAUCGAAGAUCGAAGGCUGGUUUAGCGAUGGCUUCCGUACCGAAAAUUCUUCUGAUGUGUGCUUUCUUUAUUUUACCGACCGCCAUCGCCUCCAUCGAACACACGGCCAACGAUCAUCGCGACUUUACCAAUCACAGACUCACCUGGCCGGUCUGGCCGUACCACGAGAAAUUCACACGAUCUCGACACGAACACGACGAUAGGACUUUCCAACAACAGGGUACCGUCAACAAUUGGAUUCGCAACGAUCUGUUCGAAAGAAGCAGCUCGACAAUCGCACCACUGCAAACAACUGCGAGUGGGGUCAGACAUCGCGUGGAGCAACACGUUUACGAGCAACGAACCUCGAAACCGGAGAAAUUCAGCGCGGUCGCGGUUGCCGACUACACCGGCACCAGAGCCAUCGCUUACGCCGGUUAUCACAACAAUCAUCGUCACCAGCCGAGGGAAGUGGUCACACAGGGCUACCAGCAUCACACGACCACUCCGGCUACUUAUACUAGGCAUCAUCCUGGGAGACGAGUUUGUACCAGAUCAGUUCCCAACUCUGUCAAUCAUCAUCAUCGAAAUGGACAAAUUAGGUAUAUUAAUGUUAUUAAUGUUAAGACCGAUUCAUCUUCCGUUUUCUUGUGCUGUCCUGGAUGGACACAGGCGACUCGCUUGAGUUUUGGAUGUAAUAAACCUACUUGCCCUUCCCCGUGCUUAAACGGAGGUGUGUGUACCUCUCCUGGCAGGUGCACGUGUCCCAAAGGAUUUACCGGUAACCAGUGCCAGACAGACAUCGACGAGUGCGUGACAGAGAAGCCCUGCGAUCAACUUUGCAGAAACCUACCCGGAACCUACGAGUGCCACUGCAGACCCGGUUUUCAACUACAAAAAGACGGCCAGUCCUGUCGAAAGAAUAUCACCGAAGAUACGGCGUUCGAGGCUCGAGACUUGGAGAAUGAUUUCCACGAAACAACAACGACGAAGCGUCCGGCGAUCUCGUCGCAUGAUACGGAAAACGAGGUGACUGACGAUGACCUCGAUCAGGACUAUGAGAUUAUACUGAAAAGGCUUACCAAACUCGAAAAGCAAUUCGCAAAAGGGAAGAAGAGAGAUACAGAAACGACGGACAUGACUGUCAAAGUUGCGUCUGUGGUUGAAACUAUUAACGAAAUGAAGAGAUCUAUCGAAAAUGUGCAACUCAUGCAGCAGGAGAUAUAUCAAAUGAGGAGCAAAUUGAGAGAAUACGAAUUAGAGAGAAGAAAAAUGCAACAUUUAACAAGUAGAGUGGUGGAACUGGAAAAUCGUUUAAGAUUACGUUGCAGAUCAGCGAUACCAAUGAACAGUGGCUCGAUGAAGUUUUAACAUCGCUAUAGCGAAAGAAAAGUGUCAAAAACAUUGGACAUUGCCCAUAGAUGUAAUAUUUAUGUGAGAAAAUUGCAUACUAUCACU